AUGAUAAUGCUAACUCGAUUUCGUACUAUCACGCAGAAAUCAAUAAUACCAAUAUCACUUCGUCUAUUCAAUACAAGUACAUUGAAACUAAGUGAUGGUGAUCAUACACUUUCAAAAGCAUUUGUCAAUGCUUCAGAUGAUAUUAAAGCAGGUCUAGCGAAGAGAUGGUUGGAUACACUAGCUACUGACAGUGAAGCAAUUGUCAAAGGUGAAAUGCAAUUCAAUAAAAAAUAUAGUGAUUGGAGAAAAGAUUUGACAAAAAUUCAAUUGGAUACAAUUGAAGCAAUUAAAGAUAAAUCAACCCAAGGAUAUAUGCAUCAGUUUGAUGUUGGUCGACGUGAUACACCCGAAGAAAGAAGCAAUAUUGAUAUCAGAAUAGAAACAGAUCCUAAAGAAAAAUACUAA